AUGGGAGGCGGCUUCCCUUCUCAUGUUCCAGUAAAAUCUUAUCGGUCUUCGAAUCCACGAAAAACAGUUUUGAUUCAGGAUUUCAACAUGCCAAAGAAGUUUGCUAACGAGAACCCUAAGGUGUUAGCUGCUCGAGACCGUAAAGCGGCAGCGAAGAAAGAGGAACAAGAGAAGAAGCAAAAGGCUGCCGAAGACGCUUAUUGGGCCGACGAUGAUAAACUGGUGAAUAGGAAGCUUCAAAGGAAGGAGGAGGAGGAACGAAAGCGUCUCGAAGCUCUGAAGCGAAAGGAAGAGAACCGUAAACUCGCUGAGGCUGAGAUGGCCAGACUUGCCGCAUCAAAGUCAACUGUUCAACCUCAGAAAGUUACCAGGGCCACUAUCGAGGAGCGCAGAGAAGCUGAGCUUCGUUUGCAGAAAGAAGAAGAAAUGCGCGCUAAGUUGGCUGCAGAAAAGAUUGAGGUCGUGGACCACCUAGAGGAAAACUUAAACCAAUUGGAGGAAGGAACUGCAACUGCUCGAACGGUUGCGGAGGCUAUCCAAGUCCUAGGUGGCGAUCGUGAGGAAAUCGAUAAGCAUCCCGAAAAGCGAAUGAAAGCAGCAUACCUUGUAGAUCAUUCUUGCCAGAUGGUAAAGGUUUAUCACGGUCGAGAGUGCACCACUUACUCAUUAGAUAAGCUGAAUUCGCUUACUGCUAGAGAUGUGAUUAAGGAGGUCGCUAAGAAUGAAGCAGAUCGUUCAGUUUUGAGUCACACUGGCCGCUUCCUCCCAUUAGAUACACAGAUGAGUUCGCACAACCUUCGUGAAACCGACAUACUCCGCGUUCUUCAGGGUAGUGCCGCUCCGAAGCUGAAGCAGCCUUGUGACGACUCGCUUUUACGUGAAUGUGAUCGUCUGUUCGAUUACCUGCAGAAAGAGGAAUCUGGAUAUAUGCAUAUGCGUCUAAUGGCUGAGGUUGUUGAACCGGAAUUUCUUUCGAAAAUAAUGAAGCAGUUCCCGGACCUUCGCAAUGACCCGCUUGCAUGUCACAUUCUGCACGACUACUACAUCUUCAAAGGCAUGGUGACGCUUCCUACUGAUGAAGAAGGUCUCGCAAAGUUGCGCAAAUUUCAUUCUCAACAUCCAGCUCUUCUACCCGCAAUCAAUUGGCUGUUGAAAAAACACGCUCAGAGGGGAAGAGGAUCAUCACAGCGUACGCCGCGUGUUCAAGCAGACGAGUCUCCGUCUCCAGCAGAGCCUCCUCAAAUUACUCAAGAAAUGUUACGGCAGGCGAUGGCGAUAGCUUUUGGAGGGGCGAUGCCCAGUGGAUCAGGACGUAGCGGCACAAGCACUACAUCUCGUCCUGCAUCUCUUGUUCCUACCCCACCAUCUGCAGCAGCGGCUCCAGAGCCCAAUGCUGAUCACAUUUUGCAAUUGCGCUCCCGAUUCGCAUCUCAGCUUGUCCAGCUGAAUGAAUUCGGGUUUACCGACGAAGCUGCAAAUCUGACCGUGUUGGAAUCCUUGUGA